AUGUGCUGCGGGGCGCUAUGGGUGGCCCUGCCCGUGCUCUCCCUGCUGGCCUGCUCCGCGCAGGGGAAGCCGCUGGAGAGCCGGGGGCGCGCGCCCGCGGGGGGAGACGCCCACCGCUUGCUAGGGGGGGCCGGAGGCGAGCGGGAGGGAGGCACCUUCGACCUGAGGAUGUUUCUGGAGAACAUGAAGGUGGAUUUCCUGCGCAGCCUCAACCUGAGCGGGGUCCCUUCCCAGGACAAAACCCGAGCGGAGCCACCGCAGUACAUGAUCGAUCUGUACAACAGAUACACCACCGACAAGUCGACCACCCCCGCAUCCAACAUCGUGCGCAGCUUCAGCGUGGAAGAUGCUGUCUCUCUUGCGGCCACGGAAGAGUUUCCCUUCCAGAAGCACAUCUUGCUCUUCAACAUCUCCAUUCCCAGGCAUGAGCAGAUCACCAGGGCCGAGCUCCGACUCUAUGCCUCCUGUCAAAACCACGGAGAUUCUUCACAUGAGUUGAAAGGCAGCAUGGCCAUUUAUGAUGUUCUGGAUGGAGCAGAUGCCUGGGAUGCUUCUACGGGAACCAAGACAUUCCUGGUGUCCCAGGACAUUCGGGAUGAGGGCUGGGAGACCUUUGAGGUCUCCAGUGCCGUGAAGCGGUGGGCCAGAGCAGACUCCACCAAAAGCAAAAAUAAACUGGAAGUGACUGUGGAGAGUCACAGGAAGGGCUGUGACAAGCUGGAUAUCAGUGUCCCCCCAGGCCCCAAAAACCUGCCCUUCUUCGUCGUCUUCUCCAAUGACCGCAGCAAUGGGACCAAAGAGACCAGGCUGGAGCUCAGGGAGAUGAUUGGCCAUGAACAGGAGAGUGUGCUCAAGAAGUUGUCCAAGAAUGGUCCGGCAGAAGCAGGGGACAACAAGGAUGAGGAUGAGGAAGGUCACAAGGCCACAGGGUCAUCUUUAGCCAGAUGGAAGAGAAGUGCCGGGGCCAACAACCACUGCCAGAAGACCUCCCUGAGGGUGAACUUCGAGGACAUUGGCUGGGACAGCUGGAUCAUUGCACCCAAGGAGUAUGAUGCGUACGAAUGUAAAGGGGGCUGCUUCUUCCCCCUGGCUGAUGACGUGACCCCCACGAAGCACGCCAUUGUGCAGACCCUGGUGCAUCUCAAGUUCCCCAUGAAAGUGGGCAAGGCCUGCUGCGUGCCCACCAAACUGAGCCCCAUCUCCAUCCUCUACAAGGAUGACAUGGGGGUCCCCACCCUCAAGUACCACUAUGAAGGGAUGAGCGUGGCAGAGUGUGGGUGCAGGUAG